CCUCAAUCCACCAUACAAUUUUCAUCUCAUCUCAUCUCGUUACAAACAGAGACAAUUCUACCCUUUUCUUACCCUUUUCCCCAUUUAUCACAUCCUUGUAUCCUCCGAUAAAAAAACAAUCUUUUCCUUGUUUCACUUCGGUUGGUUCCAGGAGACACAGCUAUGCAGAGCCAACUUGUGUGUAAUGGUUGUAGGAGCAUUCUGCUUUACCCUAGAGGGGCAACCAAUGUUUGUUGUGCAUUGUGCAACACAAUCACCGCUGUGCCUCCACCCGGAAUGGAUAUGUCUCAACUUUAUUGUGGAGGCUGUAGGACAUUGCUAAUGUACACACGUGGAGCUGCUAGUGUCAGAUGUUCCUGCUGUCACACUGUAAACCUUGCUCCAGCAGCUAAUCAAGUUGCCCACGUCCCUUGUGGGAAUUGCCGGACAACCCUCAUGUAUCCAUAUGGAGCUCCCUCAGUCAAAUGUGCUCUUUGUCACUAUAUUACUAAUGUCAAUAUGUCCAAUGGAAGGCUUCAAGUUCCUAUGCAUAGACCUAAUGGGACGACCAACUCUGGAGCAUUACCUUCUACUUCAACGUCAAUGCCCCAAUCUCAGACCCAAACAGUGGUGGUAGAAAAUCCAAUGUCUGUUGAUUCAAGUGGGAAAUUGGUUAGCAAUGUUGUUGUUGGCGUCACAACAGAUAAGAAAUGAUGCAGCCAUAUAUAAAAGGAACAACAGUAUUUGACGAAUUAUCAGUUAUCAAAAGUUCUUGUCACACCAAGAUAUUGUUUUGUGUAUAUGUAUAUGAUAUUGCUGCCUGUAAACGGUUAUAUUGAAGUGAAUCAUUUUCCAAUAUAAGGGUUAGACGGAUAGGAGGACAAGUUAUGAAAAGGGCAUAUGGAACAUGUUUGUGUGAUUGGUUCAUUCUUGUUGUAUUUUGACUUACAAGUCCUGGACUGAGGAAAUGUAAUUUCUUUCAUGACUUGUUAA